UCUAAAAAUGAUGACAACAAUCUGAACGAUCUGAUUUUCAUACAUCGUUAUCAGAUAAACAGUUCUGAUCCAGGUAAGCCACCGGUAAACACACAACUUACGAAGUCGUGCGGGGGCGAGGGGAGACGGCGGUCGCGCGGCGGGCGCAUGUCCAGGCGUCGUGGCGCCGCCGUCAGCUGGAUCUGACGCCCAGUCUCUGCAGGUGCACGGUGCCUGCAAGCGACUGCCCCGAUGGCAGUCACCGCGUACCCACACGGCCAUAUGUAAUGUAUUCGCUGCGGCACGGUGUCAACUUGUCGCGGCGGGCCUGCAGAUUCGCCCUCCUCAUCGUAACGCUGCUGCUGGGCCUGUGCGGCGUGCACGCGAAACCGCCCAACCAUGCGUCCGACACCGUGCAACAUCCGCCCGUCAAUCUCGACGGGCAGAAUUCGAUGGACAUCAGCAGUUUGUACAAGGGCAUACCCACGCCGCAGGUGGACAUGCAAAGGAACGAGGUGCCGACGGACGAUCCCACCGAGGAACCGCCACCCACCACCCUGCACCCGCCCAAGAAGCCGGUGGAACGGUAUCCGGUGGCGUCGGUCUCCUUCCACCGGGUCGAGACCCCCUUCAUCAUAGGAUUGUGGAUUUUAAGUGCCAGUUUAGCUAAAAUAGGUUUCCACAUGGCGCCUAAACUAAGCGCGAUAUUUCCCGAAUCGUGCCUGCUAAUUUUCGUCGGGGUGGUAAUUGGUGUGAUCUUGGUUUAUGUCACCGACAGCGUCCAUAUGUCCCCUCUUACGCCGGACACCUUCUUCUUCUACAUGCUUCCACCGAUCAUCCUGGACGCGGGCUAUUUUAUGCCCAACAGGCUGUUCUUCGAUCAUCUGGGCACUAUUCUGCUUUUCGCGGUGGUUGGGACUAUUUUUAAUACGUUAACUAUAGGUGCUUCCUUAUGGGCAGUGGGAAGAACGGGUCUAUUCGCGCACGACACGCCCCUCCUGGACAUGUUCCUGUUCGGAUCGCUGAUCUCGGCCGUCGAUCCGGUGGCCGUGCUGGCCGUCUUCGAGGAGAUCCAGGUGAACGAGAUCCUGUACAUCGUCGUGUUCGGCGAGUCCCUGCUCAACGAUGCUGUCACCGUCGUCCUUUACCAUCUGUUCGAGUCCUACACGGAAAUGGGCCUCGACAACAUCAUUUACACCGACCUGCUGGCCGGUUUCGCGAACUUCUUCGUCGUCGCGAUCGGCGGCACCGUCAUCGGGGUGAUGUGGGGCUUCGCCACCGGUUUCGUAACGCGAUUCACGAACGAAGUGCGCGUCAUCGAACCGAUAUUCAUAUUUGUGAUGGCCUAUCUGGCGUACCUCCACGCGGAGAUCUUCCACAUGUCUGGAAUACUUGCGAUAACAUUUUGUGGAAUCACAAUGAAAAACUAUGUCGAGGCGAACAUAUCCCACAAAUCCCACACCACAAUAAAGUAUGCAAUGAAGAUGUUGAGCAGUUCUUCCGAGACAAUUAUAUUCAUGUUUUUGGGAGUGGCAACUGUUAACAAGAACCACGAUUGGAACGCGUGGUUCGUCAUAUUAACAAUACUGUUUUGCUCAUUCUAUAGGGUAUUAGGAGUAAUAAUUUUCACAGCAAUAGCGAACCGUUUCCGUCUACACCAGCUGAGCACUGUGGAGAAAUUCGUAAUGUCCUACGGCGGAUUGAGGGGUGCCGUGGCGUUCGCCCUCGUCCUUUUGAUUGACCCGAAAGUCGUGCCGCUCCAGCCGAUGUUCAUGACCACCACCAUUGCGGUGGUGUACUUUACUGUGUUUAUUCAGGGCAUCACCAUAAAACCUCUCGUCAAGUUUCUGAAUGUGAAAACCGCCGAAAAACGGAAGCCGAGCAUGAACGAGCGGAUACACGAGAGGUUAAUGGAUCACACAAUGGCGGCAAUUGAGGACAUUUUAGGCCAACACGGAAAUUAUCACAUUCGCGAUAGAUACAAACGUUUCGACAACAAGUUCAUAAGGCCGUACUUGCUGCGCAACCACAUCGGCGCCGAGCCAAAGAUACUGGAGACUUAUUCGAAGUUGGCGAUGCGCGACGCCAUGGAAUACAUGCGCCGCAACGCCUCCACCAUAGGUAACAUUUCCGGCACGGAGAGCAUGUCCGCGAUCUUCAGGAAUUACACAGCGGGCAACCUGAACGGCAGGUGCGCCCCCAAAUUAAUCACCUGCACUAGUUUCAGUCAGCUAGAUUCGAGCACGUGGAACAUCGACAUGCAGGAACUGGAGUACAAUCCGUCGAAGAAGGACCUGACCGACGCGAAAAUCCACCAUUUGCUGGCCGAGGAGCUGGUAAAACCCUACCGGCGGGUGAGUCACCGUCGACUUAGCUACAGCAGGCACGCAGUGAACGAUCGCGACCUGUCGACUCAAGUCAAUUAUAGAAUGCACUUCAACAUGCGACGAUUGGUGGCCGAUAAAAAGCACCAUCACAAACGGCACAGCAAGAAAAUGAAUAAGGACGGAAAACAGAAUCACGUGAGUUUUCCGGAGUUCCAGCAGAACGGGACGGCCAAACAGUUCUCCCACGAUUACAUAAGCGAGGUGUUAAACGAGGACAUGGACACCGAACCGAAGUCCAGCAGGGAAGAGUGGGACAGUCCCAUCACGUUCACGGCCAAAUCGUCCCGGUGUGUUAAUGGGGCUCAUAUUUUAGCGAGUUCGGAAACAGAGAACAGCGGAAGCUUUGCUAGUCAAACGGUUCCCUUGGUGGGACUUAAAUUUAAAAAAUCAACCGCCGCCGAAGUAUCUCUCCCAUGGAGAAGACACGGCUGUAACGUUACAGAUGACAGUAUUUUCUCAGAUACAGGAAAACGCAUGUCGAGAGGUUCGAUAGACGGGGGUGAUCUGAUGCGCGUCACGACGCCCACCGCCACCGAAACGAUGCUCCCAUGGAAACGGGACGAGGAGGAAGGCUCAGCACCCCUGCAGCAGUCCGAGUUUCCCGCCUGGGCAUCCAACAAGGAAUAUCUGGCCUACAAUUCCCCUUCGGCCACCUUCUUAGGUGGAUUGGAGAACCCCCGUUCCUCGGUGAUUGGACUGUUCCGUCGCGAGAGCCUGGGCUCGGAGCCGAUGAGCAGUACCGAAUCGACGCCGCAGCGCGAGCGUCGCGGCUCCACCGGCGGUUCCGGCGGCCGAUCCGGCGCCGCCGCCGUCAUCCUGAUCGAGGACGGCGACACUGAUCCGCUCGGCGUGCUGCAAAAACAGGCGAGCACUGUUAGCGCACCGGCGGCGCCCUGCGGCGGACACUCCAGCGUCGCGACAAUCCCGACGCUGCCGCAGCCGCCCCAGACGCCGGGACAGCGGCGGCAGGCGCGUCGCGGGUCCAUGCUGGAGCUAAGCGGAUCGAUAACUCGCGACACCAUCCCGGAGGAAUACUACGGUACGUCCUCGCUGAGACGUCCGUCGUGGCUGCAGGCCCAGUUACGUCAACAACGUCCCAGCAUCUCUCGACAACAGACCCUGGGGGUGGCGCUGAUGGGCAACGUGUCGUCACCAUCCCCGACGGAUUCCGACACCUCGGUGGAUGAGGAUGUGGAAUGUCUGAUGAAGGCGGGUUUCUGAAAGUACCGCUGAAUUUUAACGUUUUCACAUCGCGAGGAAUUGAGCUUGUUAUCUCUAUUUGAGUAGUUACUGGAUACAAAUGAUCCGUGUCAUUAUUGUUAUGUAAGGUAAUAGUUUUGUUUUAAUGAAUUCGUCGUUCUGCAGUUUUACAAUUGUACUUGGGGAUUACUUGAAUAAAAAUGUUAAUCAAAAUUAUUUUUAUAACAUACAAGUUUCAAGGAGUUUGUGUAAAAUUUUCAUUCAAAAUCUAAGCAACCAAACGUGUGAUAGUUUAUCAGUACCCACAUGUUAUACAGAAUAAGUUUUCAAGCCUAUCGUUUCUCACCACACACUUACUUAUAUUAAACGAAAAGACGUACUAACAUAUCUUUGUAAGCAUAUAAGCGUUCAAGUAGACAAAAACUGGCCUUGGGGCUUUCAUGAUGAAAACAUUUACACAAAAAUUUAAGAAAGAGAAAGAACAUUCCUUCUGAACGAUGGACAAUACAUUUUCGAUGGCUUAGAUCAAAAACUCACUUCCAUCUGAAUAGAUCAAUUUUAUUACUAGUGUAUAUUCCACAUACUAGUUAUAUCUACAAUAUAAUCUAUAACUCAUCCACAGUAAAUAAAUGUUGUAGUGUCAAAAAGUCUAUAGAAAUCGCAAGCUUCUGAGCUAAUGUAGCGGUGGUGAAAUGACAACGAUUUCACAAUAAUAAUUAAUUUUCGCAUUUACUUAAGUUUUAUUUCGUUAGAAACGUGCAUAGACGUACUAUUUAUUAUAAAUGCAUACUUUAAUUUGGUUUAAGUUAAGUUUGUAUGUUCAUUGUUAAGCAUGGUGAAGGCUAUUAAUUUAUGUAUUGCCUACUGGAAUGUAUUUUGUUAUGUACAGAAAUAUAAGUUGAUGAGAUUUAAUGAGUACAUAGACAAUACAUAAAUGUGCACUUUGUAUGAAUGAGGCGAGUAGGUGCUAAAUAAUGAAACAGUAAAUUAAUAAAGGUUGCUAGGUAAUUAUGUUAAUAGUCAAUCAGUAUUGUUGUAGUAGGAUGUAGAUUUCAAAAAUGCAUUUUUGGGCCAGUUUUCAAUUGGUCCUGGAAAUGUCCGAGUUUGUACAGUAGACGAUUAAGGCUGUAGAUAAUAGAAAGUUCAUCUAUUUUAUCAAUAAUAAACAAAUAUUGUGGAAUAGGAUUGUAAAAUUGACUGUGCCUAUAUGAAAAGACCUGAAUAGUUUAAUUAAGUUUUAAGCACUAAAUUAUAUGACCACUCUUACUUUUGCAAAAUGUUCAUUAUACUUGUAAAAAACUAAUUGAUUAACCAAUAUAACUCGGCCAGUUGAACCAUCCAUUCGUCUAAUGCAGAAGUACCAAAUGCAAUAAUGUCAAUGUAUCUGAUUAUAAUAGUGACCUGUUAGAUAUUUACAACAAUGAACUUUCAAUAUGUAAAUGACUAAUUCCUCACUAAAGUAAUGAAAACUUCAAUAUUUAACGCAACUUACUUAUUGUAUAAAUGUGUAUAUAAUAAUAUUAAUUUAUUCGUGCUCAAAGUACUUAAGAAUACAUUCCACUUCUACAUUGGAUUAAUGAUGUGCUUGUAAAUAUUGUAAUUCUUGUAGAAAACUAUUUUUACAUCCCGACAAUAUGUAAUUUAAGUUUCGUGGUUAUAAUGUUAAACAUGAAUAACAACUUGUUAUUGAAUUCUUAAUAAAUCACACUAACUAAUUUAA